GCGCCUCCCGCCACCGCCGGGGGACGACCGGAGGGGCUCUCCGCGGCCGUGCGUUUCUGGGAGAGCCACCGCAGCCCGAGCGGGCGGACGGGCGGGCGGCCAGACCUUCUGCGAGCGGCGCGGCACCAGCGAGCGGCGCGCAUGGAUUUAUGAAAACACUCAUGCAAGAAGUUGGCAGGACUGGGGCAAACUUUUCCGCCGGCUCCGCGUCCGCCGCUGCCCGCGCCUCGUCUCCUUUCCCCUCGUCGCCCGGCGGCCGCCGCGGCCCGCGAUGGUGGCAGGGCUGCUGGGCGGCGGCGGCGGGGCCCGCGCGGGGACCGUGCCGGGCGCCUGGCUGUGCCUGAUGGCGCUGCUGCAGCUGCUGGGCUCGGCGCCGCGGGGCUCGGGGCUGGCGCACGGCCGCCGCCUCAUCUGCUGGCAGGCGCUGCUGCAGUGCCAGGGGGAGCCGGAGUGCAGCUACGCCUACAACCAGUACGCCGAGGCGUGCGCGCCGGUGCUGGCGCAGCGCGGCGGGGGCGACGCGCCGGGGGCCGGGGCCGCCGCCGCCGCCGCCGCCGCCGCCUUCCCGGCUUCGGCCGCCUCGUUCUCGUCGCGCUGGCGCUGCCCGAGCCACUGCAUCUCGGCGCUCAUUCAGCUCAACCACACGCGCCGCGGGCCUGCCCUGGAGGACUGUGACUGCGCGCAGGACGAGAACUGCAAGUCCACCAAGCGCGCCAUUGAGCCGUGCCUGCCCCGGACGAGCGGCGGCGGCGCGGGCGGCGCGGGCGCGGGCGGGGUCAUGGGCUGCACCGAGGCCCGGCGGCGCUGCGACCGCGACAGCCGCUGCAACCUGGCCCUCGGCCGCUACCUGACCUACUGCGGCAAGCUCUUCAACGGGCUGCGCUGCACCGACGAGUGCCGCACGGUCAUCGAGGACAUGCUGGCCGUGCCCAAGGCGGCGCUGCUCAACGACUGCGUGUGCGACGGGCUGGAGCGGCCCAUCUGCGAGUCGGUCAAGGAGAACAUGGCCCGCCUGUGCUUCGGCGCCGAGCUGGGCAACGGCCCGGGCAGCAGCGGCUCGGACGGCGGCCUGGACGACUACUACGACGAGGACUACGAAGACGAGCCGCGCGCGGGGGGCGCGGGCGGCGAGCAGCUGCUGGACGACGACGACGGCGCCCCGCACCCGGCGCGCCCGGGCGGCGGCGCUGCAGCGGCGGGCGGCCGCGGGGACCUGCCCUACGGGCCGGGGCGCAGGAGCAGCGGCGGCGCCCGCACGGCGCUCGCCUCCAUCUUGCUGCUGCUGCUCCCGCUGCUCUUCUAG